AUGGAGGGGAUGGUCAGAUUCUCGAAGCUCAAGCUCCAUAUACACUCUAUAAUCGCGGAAAACAAGGCUCUCCGGGUGACUACAAGCUGUUCCCAUUUUGAUCCCCCGACCAUUUCUCAUCUACUCCCUGAGAUCUGCAUUCUUCCAUCUUGUUUUCCCUGUCGGCCGUGAUCGCAAGUCCAGGAAACAGAGCGCUGUGUGAAAGAGGAGCUUGGGCUUUCUGUGCAGGUUUAUUUUGAACUUCAAUCACUUCAUGUCUCAUUCCAUCUCCUGCCGCUGUGAAACCAGUCCUUACUUCCGUUUCUCAGUUUCUUCCAUUUUUUUAAUUAUACUCAGAGAUGUUAAUUCAUCUUAUCUGCGGUGGUUUUGGGCUCCAGAGGCAUAGGGAAGCUGAAGCAGAGUUCUCCAAGAAGCUUCAGGAAUUGCAGGCAGAGUUGGCUUCGCGUGAUGAGUUGCAGCGCAAGCUUGAGACCAAGGUGCUCCCGUGCGUUGAAGCAUUUUUCUCAUCUUUAUCUGCCUUGGUUUCUCUUUUAGUUCUUAUAACUUCCACUCGUCUUUUUGGAAGUGAAAGUGUUGUUGUUGGAGCAUUGCAACCUACCAAUGAGACGCUGAAAUUCAAUCCCAUGGAAUGCUUUUCUACCAUGACUUAAUCUGAUCAUGAUAUCUAUGCCAUGUUGAUGAAUUUCCGAUACCCAAUGUGAAAAGCACUGGAUCAAAUUCGCUGUGGCAUUAAGUGAGAAAUCUAUUGAGCAAAAUAAAAUGAUUACUCUUACCUUAGUAUUAGACGUUGCCAUUUUUGAACUGGUCAACGUGGCUAAAUUCAAAGAAUUUACUGAAGUUAUAAGUGGACAUUAGUCCUACGUGUUUCUCUCUAACAAUCUGAAAGAUUUUCAGGAAAUUUUCAGGCUGGAGAACAUAACAUUUGCUGAAAUGGAUGAUUUCAAGAGACCAAUGGAGUGAUGUAGAUUUUUCCAUUUCUCGAGUUGGAAAUUAUCUUUGCUUUAGUCGAAAAUCUUUCGACCUACUUGAGAAUAUUUGUCUCUAAUGAUAUUGAAAACAAAAAACAAUAUGGGCAAGGUGGCUGAUAGAUAACAAUAUUUUAUGAAUAAUACAACAUAAUGAGUAAACACUAAUAAGCAGGGAUGUUUUGGAUGUUCUAUUGAUGGAAGUACACUCUGUUCUCCGGUUUCUUUUAGGUAGGGCUUAUGUCUUCAGAACGAAAUUUGCUGUCAUUAUGUCUAGGAGGUGCUUAAGGAAACUCAAGUAUUAUGCCAAUGAUGUCAACAAAACAAUAUAGAUGAAGAAAAAAUUGGGUGUAUUUACCAUUACUCGAGGGAAAAUCAACCAAACGAUAAGGCAUCACAGUGUUUUUGUCCGUAACUUAUUACACAUUAUCUGGUAAAUAUUCGAUACACACUUGUAAUGAUGACCAGUUUUGUUAUUGACUCAAAUAUGGCAAAUGCGUCAGAAUGUUCUUCAAUUGCUGGCACUUAAACAGGUGCAGAAUAUUUGUUCACCAUCAUGAUUACAGUUUUUGGAGCAUAUUCAUGUUCUACUAUCGUUUUGUGUCUACGUAAUACCUGAUAUAACUUAUAGAUACUGUCUUUUGUAGAUGGAGAACCUUGAGAAUGACAACAUUUUGCUGGAAAAGAAGCAAAAAGAAUUGAGGGACACGUUAGAUAACUUGCUCAAAUCCAGAGACGCCUUUAUAAAAGCUCACGAGGUUUUCUUCUUGUCUUCUCCAUUGUUUGAAUUUGUUUCUUCCAAUAUAUGUGCGGUCCUUUUUAUAGCCACAAUUUUGUUAUGGCAUUUAGAUUCUUUCAGGGAUCACAUAUUAGUUAUUUUCCAUAAAAUGCGUAUCAUGUUUCCAAUAAGAUGUGUAUUUGUUUUCAGAUAUAGUUUUCUUUCUAUUCAUUUGUAUUGUGGACAAUUGUACUCUCACUUCAUUCUAUUUUCUUCAUGCAACGGAGUUAAGCUUUCUAAAUCAAAAGCAAUUGACAAUGAGUCUAGUCUCAUAAAUUUGAAUAAUAAUAUACAAGCUGUGCAUCCAAUAUCGCUUUAUUUCAAUUUGUUCCCUCACGUGCAGCCCUUUGUAGGAUUUGUGCACAUAGAAAAGAAAACAUGACUAUCCGAAAGCAGAAUUAUUUAGUGGGAUAUUAUCUAAUGAAUCACAUUUAAUAAUAUGAUUUAACAUGCGCCAUUUGGUUUGGGGACAAUUUUCAAUGACUUACAAUCUUUUAGCAUUAUAGAUUGCCCAUGUUUGGUAUAUAACUCAAUCACAUUUAAUGAAACUCUCCAAGGGAGAGAGAUGCGCAGAUAAUAUGAUUUGAUAAGCAGACCUACAAAAUAGUAAUAGUAGCAUAAGUUCAUUCACAUGGAUAAGUUCCAUAGACGGUGGCAAACAUACAUUGCUAUCAAAUUAAGUCGUGCACUCAUAACUAAAGCUAUGAAAUCGCAGUAAUUAUGGAUGCGUGGGAUUUUGGGGGCUGAUCAGAACAUGGAAAUUUAUGGCAAGCAAUGAACAUAUAUAAAAAAUUAAACCUAAAUUAUUGAUUUGUAUUGUCUAUAAAAAAAAUGUUGAAAAAUCCCUGUUCUCAGUCGAUUGGUUUAAAAUCUGUAAAUGAAUAUUAUGAAUAUUAUAAAGAGUUGUCCAAAAAUGUUUAUUAUACACAGAAAGGUAUGUAAUCUCAAUCUUCCAAAAGCUUGAAUGAGCCACAAUCUGCCAACAUUAUUUUUAUAUUAUUGCAGAGUAUAGGUUUGGUUACUAUCAUGAUUUUUUCCAUAAUAUCUUGAAAUGAUACCGUGGAUAUCAUGAGUAUCUAAACAUAAUGAGCUGAUCGCUUGACCAUCAUAUUAAUAUGUUUCGCUUAGCUGUUCUUAACUUUUUUUUCUUCCCUUGAGUAACCAGAUCUAGGUUUAGUACGAUGCAAUGCUAACGCCAAGAAAUGUUUUGUUCAGCUACAGGCUGUACUUGUUUUCUUCUGUUGAUUAUGGAAUGGGUUUUCUAAAAGUGCGUUUCCUUAAGUGUUGUGAUACAUAUCUCCUUGACAGACAAUUACUGCUAAUGUGUUGAUCUGUUCAAACCUGGUAAUAAUAUUCACAGAAGUUUAAUAAUGUAUGUAUGAUAGUUUCGGUAGAGUAUUCCAACAUCACCUGCAUUGAUUUCUUUCAAUCAAAUAUUUCUUCCCCGUUUUUUAAUGCAUGGAAUACAGUGACAUGGGUUUUUACUCAUAGUAAUUUUCUUGAGUUCAGGGUUCAGCAUGCUCACUGAAAAAUGCCAUUAUAGUAAAGGAUAAGCAGCUCAAUGUUCUUUCUAAUAAGGUGCAAAGGCAUCUGUCGCUGUUUGACUCAAUUGAGAAAGAAGCUGAAGCUUUAAAAGGAACAGUGGACAGUAUUCAACAGCUUGUGAGUGAAAAAGAGCAAGUAGGCAUGUGUAGUCACGAAACUAUGAUAUGUUUACUUUUAAGUACUUAGCGUCAGGAAAUAUUUGCAGACUCGAAUUGUUAUUGUGGUCGAAAUUUGACUUGGUGCCUUCUUUCACUAUCCUUUGAACAUCUAGCAAUCAGAUUGCAGGAGAAAAUGAACAAAAUUUCAACAUUUGAGAAAGAGCUUGAGGGUAAGCUUAAUUUUUUUAGCUCUUACCUUUGUAAUUUUUGCACGUUCUUGGACUAAUGCUACCAUAAGCAACCUUUAAGAGAAGGGGAAAAAAAUGCCCGACUUUCAUCUCACUGUUAAUUCCUGCUCACCACAAGCUAUCUGUCAGCUUCUUCUUUUCUGUCUAAAAUAAAGUGUUUAUUUUUCAUCUCACAGAUGAGUAAGAAGUCCUCAUUCCUUUCCUUUUUUGAUGGAAGAAUGCAAUCAUUCCGGCUAUUCAAACAUCAGAAUUCGUUCAAUUUUCACAAUACGGCUUCGGCCGCUAAUUUUUACCGUUAUCUUGCUCUUUUUCAAAUGAUUUUAUUUCUUCCCCGUAAAGAGGGAUUUUUUUUAUUUAAUUAUUUUAAAAAUCGUUAUUAAUCUAACCCCUUGCAGAGAAGAUUUGUUUUAUGGAGGGUAAACUCAGAAACUACCAGAACGAACUUCAGAGGAAAGAUACAACUUUAUUUGAGUUGGAAGAACAACUUCAAGAGGCAAAGAACGAUAUCGUCCUUCAUACCCAAGUCAGAGAAAUAUCCUUCAGCUUUCGUUAUUUGUACUCUUAUCUUUGAUUCAAAGUGGGCAUUCGUCCAGCAUCCAAGACUUUGCUUUCUCUUUACUCCCAUCACUUACAAAAGGCUCUAUCGAUCAAGGACGAGAUUAUUCAGAGUAUGACAUCAGAAAAACAGGUUUUAAUGUCAACAACCUUACCCUCUCUCUAUAACGUUUCUUCUUUAUAUUAUUUAAAGGCAUUGCUUGGCCAGGGCUUGCAUCUUGAGCUACUUAACAUGGAGCUCAUGCUACAAAGGGUUCAGGCCACCAUUGCUAAUUCAUGUCAAGAGGUCGAACAGCAUAAACGGCGACUCUUUGAAAAUUUUAUAAUAAAAUUAUUUGCUCAGUUACAAGUAUUUUUGCAUAGUGGGAUCAGGUUUUAUAUGUAUUAUUUAUCUUCCUAUUGUAGAUGGAUCAAAAUGUAAACUCUUCGCCACCCGAAGCUCAAGUCUUCAAAAUAUCUUCUGGAGAAGAAAAUGGAAGGUGCUGAUCAUGUUGCUUGGACAAACUAUCACUUGUCUUCACAUUUGGCGGAUAUUUUUCUCAGACUAUGCUGAAUUAUUUCCUAAAUAUCUUCCUUGUUUACCAUCAUUUUUCUAAUAUCAUGUUUAUCACAGUUUGGGAAGGAAAAGACGAGCAUCAGGAGAAGAUCAGCCAUCGAAGACUCCUCGUGAGGCUUCUGCAGAGAAUCCAGGUCUAUCUUGUUCCUUUGAAAGACAUUUCCGUCCUUCUAAUUGAUUUCUCCUUUUCAUGCAUCCUUCUAGAAGGUAUUACCGUGUUCUGGAGGGCUUAUUAUUUUCUUUACUAGGAAAGAUUCUUGUCACUUUCUAUUCUGUCCCCAUAGCGACUUCUGAGCUCUCACAUAGUCAGCUCUUUGACUUUUUUUUCUUCCGUAUUCCACUUUUACCCAUUGUCUUCACUCUUAGUCUCAUUCUUGAGGAGUCAGGAAAGAAAUAAAUCACCUCUAUGUUCUGAAAUAUAUUGUACGAUGAGGAUCUCAAAGAAAUCUUGGAAAAAUGGUUAUAGAAAAUCUAGAUGGGUAAAAUUAAUAUGUUGAUGAUCUUAUGUACCCAUAGUUAUGAGCAAACCAAAGGCCAAUAAUCACGUCAUAAAAUGCUCUCAUAGUUGGAAAUUUUGCUGCCAUUAGUCAAGGGCAUGCAUUUCGCAAUGGAGAUCAGGAUGAUUAAAUAGGCUAUCAAAUAUUUAGCUUUUAUUCUCUCUCUCUCGUAGAAAUCCCUCCACUGUUUGACCAAAAGCGGUCUGAUCCUUCUUGUGUGGGUCAAAAUCACCAGCCACUAGGUCUCACUAUCAGUCCGACUCCCCUCCCAGAACCAACGCCCCUUCUGCUUCUCAGACAGCUUCGAAGAAAAAAUAUGAAUGGUUUCUUCUUCCUUGCGAUGCAGCUAUGCACACCUGCGACCGGACGUUGAAAAUUCCUGCACAUCCGAGGCUAGUCAACGCUCCCCUUCUGUUUUAAAUUUAUGUUCUUUAAUUACACAGAGUCAACUAUCCACCUUACUAAAUUCAGAAUACUACUCAACGCCUCUGCUCAUUUUUCAUCCCUAAUUUCCUCCCAUUAUCUGGUAGAUUUCUUCAGACGUUGACCAAUCUCAAUAUCCUACUCCUCCUCUGUAGUUCACUUCUGCUCAGUCCAUGCAUGACAUGGAUUCAGAAGGCUCGACAACCAAAGCAGGACCUCAUUAGGGUUCUUGACAGAGCUUUGAUCCGAUGGAGAAACCCCACAACCUACUCAUGACCUGGAUCGAGGAUCAAAGAUUCCACCAAAUCACUGCACAGCCUUUGGAUUCCAAUCACAGGGUCCUCAUUAGCCGAGAUGAGAAUCUAGAUUCGAGGAAUUAUCACAAGCCCAUGAUAGAGUUGUAUUAAAAAUGCUUGUUGAAGAUUUCUUUUUCUUUUUUUUUUUACCCUUUUUUGCUGAAAGUAGAUCGAUGAACCCCCCUUACUUGAAAUAGAAAGAAGGCUAAAGCGAUAGAGCUUCAGCCGGACUUCCUGGUACAUUUUGACAGGUUAAUGUAAAUAUCAAUAAUAGGAAUUUAAUUUCCUGUAAUCUUAUAAAAUAUAACACCCACAUGGACCAAGUUGUCUCAUCAAUGUGCUAAUUGCCACGCUGGAUAGAGGGCCCGCCACAUGGCGGCCUAGUCAGCUUCACUUUUGCUCAUAUCACACCAAUGCCUAGGGCAAGAUGAAUGCUACUUCUUAGAUCUGUAUCAAACGGGUUUAUGCAAUUUUAUAUUACUAAAAUGUCCAUAAAUAUUGUUGAAGGUGUGGUCCCAUUUAUAAUUUCUCAAUCUUCGGGGCGGCCCUGAUCAUGGGAACAUAGAGUUGGAGAAAAUCCAAGAAAAAGGAGAGAAUAUCCGCCGAAUAUUUUCUUCCCCAUUUUUUGUUUUUUGGCUUGGUGUGAUCCAAGUCAAGGUUCCGAAAUUAAUUCAGACCCAGCCUGGAGCAGGUUUAGUCUUGCAGCAUUAAUUGACCCGCUCGUUAUUAGUGGACUUGUGUGGACCCCAGGCAUUGUUUGUGGGCUUGAUGAACUGUCGGCCAUUUAGAGAGAGAGAGAGAGAGAGAGAGAAACCAGGAGAUGAAGAGAGUACAACAGAGGGAGAAGGGAGAGUUCUGCGAAUUUGGAAGUGGGUUACAAACGGUAGAGAAGGAGAGAGAGAAACCAGGAGAGGAAGAGAGCUGCGAGUUUGGAAGUGUGUCACAAAGGGAAGAGAGGUAGAGAGAGAACCCCCCCGUUUUACCCAGUGCCGAGAAGAGCGCAAGUUGACUUUGGUGGGGCCCAUAUGACCUAUUUACUACGCCAAUUUUUCUCUCUCUCUCUAUCUGUCUCUGAUCAAUGCGGAGGGGAAGUAUUAUGAACAUUCAAUACAAAGGAUUUCGAUUUAUUCAAACGAACGAUUUGAUCACCAAUGGAUUCCAGCACCGUUUGUACCCUUUAAUUCAUAGAUACUGCAGAGUUGACCAUCUGAAAUGUGAUAUUUCCAAGAACCCACAAACAUCCGAAGACCAGCCUGGGGAAUCGACGAGAGUUGGUUGGGUGCUGCUGAGCGAACGGGUCUUGAGACGCGUUAGCUGA